CGCGGGAGGGCCCGGUAGAAAAUGGCGAGUCUGUGCAAAAGGCAGCAAUGCACGAUCGAGAGGCGCGGCUUUCGGCAGGAACUUGACUCGUGGCGACACAAACUCAUUCACUGUGUAGGGUUUGAAAGCAUUUUGGAAGGGCUGUUCGGGCCGGGACUAGUCAAAGAUAUUACCCUUUUUCAAGAUUGCGAGCCAGAGGGAGUGUUGGAUUGGUCGUUUGAUGUAAAUUGUCUCUUUUGCUGCUUAAGACGAGAGAAAGUCAAGGAACACUUGGUUGGCAUCACCCCCCAGGUCUUAUCAGAACCAGAAGACUUGAAACAGGACACGUCCAAAAUCAACCGCCUGGAGAAGCAAGCCGAAGAGUUCCUCAAUGCUGUCUUCUACAGAAAGGCAGACCUCCCAAGCUUCUCGGACCCCCACAUCCCUCUAGUGGCUCGUGAGAUAAUGCAGCGAAUGAUCCGUCAGUUCGCUGCCGAAUAUACCUCAAAAAACACCUCUUCUCAGGACACCCCCCAUCACCCUCAGCCCAACGGCAUCAAGGACCAAAGCCUCCUCCUGCCGAGAGCGGCCUCGCUAGCCCCGGCCCCCCUCACCCUGCUGGGGGCGUCCAGCCCCCCGUCCCCCACCCCGGGACCGGGCCUCAGCCCCGCCUCCGGCAGUAACUGUAGUGGUACCGGCGCUGCUGCCUCUGCACAGAACCCCGUCCUCAGCAAGCUUCUCAUGGCCGACCAGGACUCUCCGCUGGACCUCACCGUCAAGAGGCCUGACACCACAGAGACCAAAACAGAGGAUGGAGUCCUGGACCUCUCCACCAAGAAGGCCCACGGCAUGGCUGGCACCGUCCUCAAAAACUCUCACAGUUACACCCUAUCGCCCACAGUCAAGGGGCGUGCCCUGAGAGUUGAGCACGCCUUUCGGGACGUGGAGGACGAUGACAUCAUGCUGCCGAGAAGCUUAGAGGACGGGCUGAGGGACAGCUACGUCAGCUCCGCCCACCUCAAGCCACCAUUGGCCCGUUCUCUGCUUAUCAAGGAGGAGCUCCUCAGCCAGAAGCAUCGCCUCCUCGGCCAGCCCCCCGCUCUCUCAUUGGCCAGUCUGGAGGCGGCAGGGCUUCUCAACCAAGGGAACAAAGGGAACCACGUACAGCCCCACCCCCGCCUGGCACGGGACGGCUCUCCCUGGGGCUCCUCCAGUGGUAAAGCCCACCACCACCAACUGGACAGCCUGCUGAGGCUGAAGCAGGCCAGCGCCAUCCUCUCAGACCUCAAAGACCUGCCUCUGUUCCUGGACAACCACCAACAUGGGGCGUUCUCCUCCAAGAGCUCCUCCGGAGGUGGCCUCCACCACCACAGCCACCACCAUGGCUCCACCAAGACCCACCACAGUAGCCACCAUGAGGUGGUGGUGAAGAGGGAGCCGGGAGGCCACCACUCCUCGCCCGUGGACCUGAAGAUCCCCCAGGUGAGGGGCAUGGACCUGUCAUGGGACUCCCACGCCUCAGACCUGUACGGGUACGGGGCCAUGAUGGUGGGCGCCGGGGGCCACGGUGGGGUGGAGAACGCCUUGAGCAGGAAGCUGAGGGCCAUUCUGCCCAAGCAGAACCGACGUGCCGGUGGGGGUAGCCUGAGAGACAGCCUGGGAGGUUUUCUGGAUGGGGCGGCCGACUACUGGAGCUCCGACGUGGACCAGGGGACCUCCGGUCCACCGUACCCGACCUCCGACCCCGAGGGCGACCUAGGCUCCAAGCAGCCCAGGAAGAAGAGGGGGCGCUACCGCCAGUAUAACAGCCAGAUCUUAGAAGAGGCCAUCGGCAUGGUAAUGGGCGGGAAGAUGAGCGUGUCCAAGGCCCAGAACAUAUACGGGAUCCCUCACAGCACACUGGAGUACAAGGUGAAGGAGCGGCUGGGCACACUGAAGAACCCUCCUAAGAAGAAGCUCAAACUGACCAUGAGGAUGGGAGGACAGGAUUCCGCCGCCGAGUCAGAGACUACGCCAACCGCCACGCCGCGAGAGGAUGCGCUGCCGGGGGCCGCCGAUCUGAACCACGAGCAAAAAAUGAAAAUUGAAUUUGAAGAUUAACUGAGAAACAAUGACGACGAUGACGCCGAAUCCUCCCCUCCUUUCCCCUGAUAUGUAUACAAAAUAUCUUAACAUUAAGACUACGUCAUUGGAAACUAAUGGAGCUUUAUUUGUGCCAAUUUACUGUUGCAGUAUCUGGGUGAGCACAAGCGCAGGGAUAUGAGGAGGAUUCUAAAACAAACUGGAGAUGAGAAAUUAAAACUUAAACUAAGCCAAUCGGCUGGUUCUGCGGUGGUCGCUUUGACACUGCACAUUGCACAUUUGUUUAGCUUUUAUAUCAAGCGGCGAAACAAAUGCGUCAAAAGCCACGAGUGACGUGACAAUUAUUAAUUCAAUUUUGUAAAGCAUGUUGAUUAUCCCCCCAAAACCGUAACUCCCCCUAUUUCUGAACUUGAUACACUGACCCUGCAUUGCUUUUAAAUGCAGUCUGGGCUGCGGAAUAUCCCCAUUUUGGGAAAAAUUAGGGGGGGGGUUGAAAAUGAACCCUUUUGAACAAACUAUUAUGGUCCUUGAACCCCCCCCUCUCUCUCUCAUAAAGUACCAAUUGGUAAGUGAACUGUCUCUUAUGUUUUGAACCAACUCUAAAACUAGUAAUGUCACAGGAAGCUCUCUCACCAGGAAGCUGAAUCAAAACCUCAUUAUUUCUAUCGCCAGGUAGACAUUUUUCUUUAACAAACGCAAAACUUUCUUUCCUCCUUCGAUAUUCUGCUACUCUUUAAAAGUGAACGAAAGCAACAUUGACCGCGUCCUUUUUAAGGUAAAGACACACAAAAUAGUCAAUCAGGGAUGCAUGUUUGUACGUUUUAGUAGAUAACUACUCACUUUUAGGAUAGUUUGAAUGUUUUUUAUUUAAAAAAAUUUUGGCUUCUUUUUUUUGGCUUUCUUUUGCACUACACUUUCAGUCUGGCGCUCACCGGCGCCGCUCAGUGGUGACAGACCAGGUUACCUCGGCAUUGCUGCCCUAGCAUCAUGCACUUAAGGUCUGUCAUAAUGCCUGGCCAACUCUGCACUCCAGGUACAAGUUACCCGUAGGCACAGAUCUAGGAUCAGUUUACCCUGCCCUAAUCCUGACCUUAACCAUUAGGGGGGAAACCUCAAAACUGACCUGAGAUCAGUGUGUAGGGGCAAUUGUAUAUAUCUGCUGCUCUCCUGGAGAGAGAUCCUCAAACCUUCAAUGGUAGUAGGUAGACGUUGCCUCUAACCACUGAUCCACAGUCAGAUGUAUUUUCCCCCCCUUAUUGCCAAGGUUUGGAUUGGGGCUUAGUGAUCUGAUCGUAGGUCAGUGGUUAAGCGCAACUUCUACCUCAAGCACCUGCAACAAGUGCAUCUGUUCCCAAUCCUGAUCCUGGGGAGCUGCAGCCGUCUCUGGUUUUCAUUCCAACCAACGACCUAAUGCAUAUGCGCUCAGCUAAUUAGUGGCCAGGGGUCUCCUAACACCAUGACAUCAUAUGUAGUGAUAACCAGCAUGCAUUGUAGCUCUCCAAGACCAGCAAGUGGAAACAUUGCUGCUACAACUUUAUUAUCCUGUACUGAGCGAAGGCUUUUAACAGCCUUACUGUCUCUAAAACUAAACAUUUCAUAAACUAAGCAAGAUUGUCUUAGUUGAUGAGUUUUAAAAUGGUUCCUCUCCCUCCCAUGUGGUUUUAAAAUGUUCAAAGGUAGUUUCAAAGGCAGUUUAUUACGACAAUGUGCAUUUCUACUUGGGGA